GCGAGCAUACUUUAAUUGAGGUAUUUAUAGAAGGUGAGUGGGAAGACUGCAGACCGAGGCAGUCCACAAGGUAAAGUAAAUUAACAGCAACGCCUACAGAAAACACACAAUUAGCAGAGAGCAGCGUAUUACGGAUGCAAAUGCAUUUACACGUUUGGACACUAAGCUGCCCCAUCUGCCCCCCGUCACGUCGCAAAGUAACUUUAAAUUUACCCCGCCCUCAGUGCGCACACUCCGCCAGGGACAGAGGCCAGCCUGCCACCAUUGCCAACAUCCUGGAAGGGGAGGAGGCGAGCGCGGCGCAUUUCACUCUCUCUUCCACUCUCUCUCUAGGAUGCAGUGAUUCCCUCUCGAGUGCAGAGCGGGAGUGCCUUUGCGUGCGGAGGUCCUGGACGGCGAAUCAAGGGCGUGACAAGGAUUCCAUCAGGGGUUUCUUGAAGGUUUAAAGGAACAAACUCAAAGGGGUUGGCAGUGGUCACACAGUAAACAAACCCGACCAAUGGACAUGACACAGGAUCAGGAUCGGCGGGUGAAGACCCUGCGGCGAGAGUUAGAAGGAUGGCGCGAGGUGUUGUACGUUGGCCAUUCCGUUCUUGUGUGGGAGAAGCAGUACUACCCAUUCAUUUCCAUCUCGGCAGUCACGGCACUUUUCCUGAUGAUAUGGUAUCUGGAACCCUCAAUGUUGACACUACUCUCCGUUCUGGGCAUCACAGUAACAUUAUGUGAUUAUCUGGUACCUCAGAUCGUCCCAUGGAUCGUGGGAGCCCAUUAUUGGACUGGAACACAUGAACGACGCUAUGAACAGAUCAUCACCUCAGUCGCCUCGCUGUGUGGGUUGGCCUCAUAUGUGUCUAAUACUUUGGCCUCCAUGAAGGAGUCGAAGCCCAGAACAUAUUUCGUGAUGGUGACAGGAAGUCUCAUAGUUAGUGCAUGGAUCGGCAGCACUAUAAAUAACCUGCUUCUUACUUAUCUCAUCAUGCUAGUCUUAGUGUUACUACCAGGAAUGAAGCAUCAUGGGAUCUUGCAAAAAUAUUUCUCAACGGGAAUUCAAGCUAUUGCCAAUCUCAUGAAGAGUUCUGUUGCAGCCAUUGGAGGAAAGAAAUCUGAUGGGGAAGCCAACAAGAAAAAGGACUAAAGCUUGUAGGAACCAGUCAAGUUUUUACCACUGUAUCUUUUGUUUUCCUUCUCUUUUUUUUUCCAAAGUAUUAUUCAGGUAUUACUCAUGCUCUGUUGGUGAUACUGAGAAAAUUCCCAGGUUUAUCUGUGUUGCAGCUAUCAGUUGGAAAAGAAUGCUCUCUAGCUGCAGGUUUUUAUUGGUGUAUCUAGCAUUUGCCCCACUACUUAAAAAGAGUAUAUAGUACACUUCCAUAUGUUUAAUGACACCUAGGUUAUGUUAUGAAAUUAACAAUUGAUGCUGCUUAUUUUCUUUUUUCUUUUUUUUUUCUUUUCAUUAUGUAGAAAAGAAGGAAAAAUCCACUCAAGGAAGAUA